ACCUGCUAAUGACAUGAGCGUCAUGGUCCUGCAAGGGCAUAGUAUCGAUACGUUAUUUUUCUGUCUGUCAGAAGACUCUUAUUCGUUGUUUUUAUCGCACCAAAAAUGACAACAGUUUUAAAGAGAUGCUUGCGAGGUACAAUGCAGACACAACUGCACAGUGUAUGCUGUCCCAAAGUGUUCUCACUGGAACAGAAACGCCACAUCCGGUGGAAGUUCUCUUGGGAUGAGAAUCACUUAUUUUAUUUGUGGAAGACCUAUAAUAUUUCACCAACAGGCAUAAAAGAUACCAUGCUCCGUUCAGAAAGAGAAGGCUUCAUAAAUGAACAGAGGUAUAUCCCGGCCAAGGCGUUACAGCGUGGUCCCGACCUAGCAGCUGCCGAUAUGAUUCUCAAUUUCAACGGUCGAGUAAAGUUCAACAAUGACGAUGUCUGGUACAAGACGUACGAGAAAGGGACCUCGCCCCUGCCUCAGAGCUUCAGGCCGGACCUGAAACUUGAGGCUGUGGAUCUGGCAGACUCCAACUGGAUGUUGACCGGAAUGGACCACUUGCAUGGCUGUGAGCAUGUGGUGUUUGUAAGCCUUGCACGCUGCAAGUAUGUCACAGACUGGUUCAUCGCGCAACUUGUUCUCCACUGUCCCAAUCUCAAGUAUCUGGAUGUAUCCGGGUGUCCAGAAAUAACAGAUGCUACCAUGGAGAUGGCAUAUAAAUUCAGGCACCUACAGAUUCUGAACAUCACAGAUUGUCAGGGCAUAAAGCAAGGCGAGGUGUUCAGUGUUUUCUUGGAAGAUUUGUUGCCCGAACUUAUCAUCAUAGGUGUGGACAGCCUUAGUAAAAUGGAGCUACCCCUGCAUGAAUAUGAGCAGCAAAACAGCCGCUUCUUGAACCUGGGAAUGAGCGCAAGCAUUCCUGAACAAAUAGUGGGACUUAGAAGUGAAACCUCGGAAAAAUCCACUGUAGUCAACUGUAAACUGAAUAUGUCUGACAGUGUAGAGUUGAAAGUGGAGCCUUUAAAGACUGAGAGUGUUUGCUAGUGUUUUUGUUAGAUGUGAAAAUAUUUAAGCUCUGGGAAAACAGGGCUAAAUGCAUGUGUAUAAAAUAUUGUCCCAGAUUAGCCUGUGCAGUCCACACAGGCUAAUCUUGGAGGAAAUUUUUUAUUUUAUGAAAUUUUCCCUUUUAACCUCAAAUUCAGUCUAAGCAAGUGUCGUCCCAUAUAAGCUUGUGCAGACUGCCUAAUCUGGGAUGACUUCACCCAGCAAGUGUCGUCCCAUAUAAGCUUGUGCAGACUGCCUAAUCUGGGAUGACUUCACCCAGCAAGUGUCGUCCCAUAUAAGCUUGUGCAGACUGCCUAAUCUGGGAUGACUUCACCCAGCAAGUGUCGUCCCAUAUAAGCUUGUGCAGACUGCCUAAUCUGGGAUGACUUCACCCACAUGCAUUAAGCCCAUUUUUAAUAGAGUGUCGCUCAUGUAGUAUAUUGCUUCAUGCAAAUGACACUUAUGUGCAAAUAAAAGUAUUUUUAAUUGA